GAACAAGCCCAAUUCCCCAUCCAGAACCUAACAACCCCACUCAACCACUUCCCCGCCUCCGCACGCUACCCAGCCACGAACCUCACCUUCCCGCUCCGCUACAUCCUCGACACGAGCCACUACCAACCAGGCGGGCCAGUCUUCCUCAUCGCCGGCGGCGAGACCUCGGCGCUGAACCGCCUCCCCUUCCUAUCGCAGGGGAUCGUCCACGAACUCGCGCGGAUCUACCAGGGGGCGGCCCUAAUCGUGGAACACCGCUACUACGGGACGAGUUACCCUGACAGCAUUUCCCAGAAAGACAACCAAACCAUCCCCCUAUCCACCCUAACCUACCUAACCACCGAACAAGCCCUAGCCGACUACGCCUACCUCGCCACCCACCUUCCCAUCCCCGACCUCUCCCCGGCCACCACCCCCUGGAUCGCCUACGGCGGCUCCUACGCCGGCGCCUUCGUCGCCUUCCUCCGCCACGCCCACCCGGACCUCUUCUGGGCCUCCAUCUCCAGCUCCGGCGUCACCGCCGCCAUCGCGGAUUACUGGGCGUACUAUGAGCCGAUCCGCGCGCACGCGCCCGCGCAAUGCGUCGCCGCGCAGCAGGCGCUCAUCGCGUGGGUCGAUCGGGUGCUUCUCUUGCCCAAGGCGGCGGCGGCGGCGGCAGCAUCUUCCCACGGAAAGGGGUCACCCUCCGGAUCGAAAGACCAUGCGGAAGUGCUGAAGGGGGUGUUCGGGGGCAGUGCGCCGGGUCUCACGGAUGAGAAAUUCGUGGCCGGGUUGGCGGAGCCGUUGGGGUUGUGGCAGGAGCGGAAUUGGGAGCCGAGCGUUGGGGGGCGCGGGUUUGGGUGGUUUUGUGGGAAUAUCACUGCGUCGGAGGUGUUGGAUGAGGGGUUGGAGGGGGAGGUGGGGGCGAGGGUGAGGGGGUUGGUGAGGGAGGUUGGCGGUGGAGAUGGAGAUGGAGAUGGCGAUGGCGAUGGCAAGGAGGUGGAGGAGUUGGUGACGGGGCUGGUGAAUUGGGUGGGGUUUGUGAGGCGGGAGGGGGUUUUCUCGGACGCUGAGGACGCUGAGAGGGAGGAUGAGGGUGAGCGUGAGGCAGGCGACGACAAACGCCUCCCCCGCACGGCCUCGACCAGCUGGAACUACCAGGUCUGCACGGAAUGGGGCUACUUCAUGCCCGGGUCGACCGUCCCGGCGCACAUCGCGCCGCUCGUCUCGCGCCUCCUCACCCCGGCCUUCUGGGUCGACAUGUGCAAUGCCACCUACGGCAUCACCACCCCGCCGGACACGGACCGCAUCAACCGGUACGGCGGGCUCGCCUUCUCGUAUCCCCGCGUCGCGCACAUCGGCGGUCGGGCCGAUCCCUGGAAGGAGGCGAGCCCCUUCGCGACGGGGCUGCCGGUGAGGAACUCCACGGCGGAGGAGCCGAUGCUUCUCAUCGGUGUGCCCGCGGAGGAGGUGUACGAUGGCAUGGAGGGCGGGGUGCAUCACUGGGAUCAGAACGGGGUGUUUGGAGUGGAGGAGUACUGGGAGGGGAAGAGGGUGGUGCCUCCAAGGGGCGUGCGGGAAGCCCAAGGCGAGGUGAUCGGGUUCGUCGGCGGGUGGUUGGGCGAGUGGCGCGAGACACAG